AUGAUACAUAUGCUAAAUGCAGCAGCGGAUCGAGUGAAAUGGACCAGAUCCGGUGCUGCUAAAAGGGCUGCCUGCCUGGUGGCUGCCGCAUAUGCAAUGAAAACCCUCUAUCCCAUCAUUAGCAAGCAUUUAAAGCAAACUGGCCACAGGAAGAAAAAAGAAGCUCGCGGGGCUGCAGAGGACAGAGAAACACUGCAUUGCACCGAGAUUACUCGUAAAAAACCUUCCCCCGGAGUGAAUGCAGAUUUUUUCAAACAGCUCCUAGAACUUCGGAAAAUCCUCUUUCCAAAACUUGUGACCACUGAGACAGGAUGGCUCUGCCUCCACUCGGUGGCUCUCAUCUCAAGAACCUUUCUGUCUAUCUAUGUGGCUGGUCUGGAUGGGAAAAUUGUAAAAAGCAUUGUGGAAAAGAAGCCUCGGACUUUCACCAUCAAAUUGAUCAAGUGGCUCCUGAUUGCCAUCCCCGCCACCUUUGUCAACAGUGCAAUAAGGUACCUGGAAUGCAAGCUGGCUUUGGCCUUCAGAACUCGCCUCGUAGACCAUGCCUAUGAAACCUAUUUUGCAAAUCAGACAUAUUAUAAAGUGAUCAAUAUGGAUGGGAGGCUGGCAAACCCUGACCAGUCGCUUACUGAAGAUAUUAUGAUGUUCUCCCAGUCUGUGGCUCAUUUGUAUUCCAAUCUGACCAAACCUAUUUUAGAUGUAAUUCUGACCUCUUACACCCUCAUCCAGACUGCUACAUCAAGAGGUGCAAGCCCAGUGGGACCCACCCUCUUAGCAGGGCUUGUGGUAUAUGCCACUGCUAAAGUGUUGAAAGCCUGUUCUCCCAAGUUUGGUAAACUGGUGGCCGAAGAAGCUCAUAGAAAAGGCUAUUUACGGUAUGUGCACUCCAGAAUUAUAGCCAAUGUUGAAGAAAUUGCCUUUUACAGAGGACAUAAGGUGGAAAUGAAACAACUUCAGAAAAGUUACAAAGCUUUAGCAGAUCAGAUGAACCUCAUUUUAUCCAAACGUCUGUGGUACAUUAUGAUAGAGCAGUUCUUGAUGAAGUAUGUUUGGAGUGGCAGUGGACUAAUUAUGGUGGCUGUACCUAUUAUCACUGCAACAGGCUUUGCAGAUGGUGAAGAUGGUCAAAAACAAGCUAUGGUUAGUGAACGGACAGAAGCCUUUACCACUGCUCGAAAUUUAUUGGCCUCUGGAGCUGAUGCUAUUGAACGGAUUAUGUCUUCAUAUAAAGAGGUCACUGAAUUAGCAGGCUAUACCGCUCGAGUGUACAAUAUGUUUUGGGUAUUUGAUGAAGUAAAAAGAGGCAUUUAUAAGAGAACUGCUGUCGUGCAAGAUUCUGAAAACCAUAACAAGAACGGAGCUGUUAUAGAGUUAUCCUUCAAUAACACGCUGGAAAUCAAAGGAAAAGUUAUUGAUGUGGAUCAUGGAAUUAUUUGUGAAAAUGUUCCGAUAAUUACACCAACGGGAGAAGUGGUGGCUUCCAGUCUAAACUUCAAAGUACAAGAAGGAAUGCAUCUUUUGAUAACUGGUCCCAAUGGCUGUGGGAAGAGUUCUCUCUUCAGAAUUUUAAGUGGGCUCUGGCCUGUGUACAAGGGAGUCCUCUAUAAGCCACCUCCCCAACAUAUGUUCUAUAUUCCACAAAGGCCAUACAUGUCUCUUGGAAGUCUUCGGGAUCAAGUCAUCUAUCCUGAUUCAGUGGAUGACAUGCAUGAUAAAGGCUACACAGACCAAGACCUGGAAUAUAUCCUACGCAAUGUCCACCUCUAUCACAUCGUUCAAAGAGAAGGAGGAUGGGAUGCUAUUAUGGACUGGAAAGAUGUCCUAUCAGGAGGGGAAAAGCAAAGAAUGGGCAUGGCUCGAAUGUUUUAUCAUAGACCAAAAUAUGCAUUGCUGGAUGAAUGUACCAGUGCUGUCAGCAUUGAUGUUGAAGGAAAGAUAUUUCAGGCUGCAAAAGGCGCUGGAAUUUCCUUGCUAUCCAUAACACACAGGCCUUCUCUUUGGAAAUACCACACUCAUUUAUUACAGUUUGAUGGUGAAGGAGGCUGGCGCUUUGAACAAUUGAAUUCUGCAAUCCGUUUAACACUGAGUGAAGAAAAACAAAAACUAGAAUCUCAGCUAGCUGGAAUUCCCAAAAUGCAGCAGAGACUCGAUGAAUUAUGUAAAAUUUUGGGUGAAGACUCAGUACUGAAAACAAUCAAAAAUGAAGAUAAAACAUCAUAA